AAAGGGUCAUAAACAUUAUAUAUGUAAAUAUAACCUAACCAAAUGGCAACAUGUCAAAUUGAAUCGGGUGUACAAUUCUUUGCACGUUUGACCGCUAGAGCAAAUUUAAAAAAUUUACAUUCAAGAAUAUUCAAGGAUGGAGGACCAUUUCCAAAUGAAAUUAUUGAAGUGUAUGGUGAUUCAUCAGCUGGAAAAACAUCAUUUAUUAUGGAAAUGAUUGCUUACACAAUUUUACCUUCGACGUUUCAAAAUAUUUCGAUUAAUGGGAAAAACGCAAGUGCUAUUUUAAUUGAUUCGGAACAUCAUUUCGAUUUACAUCGUCUAGUUAAGUCAAUGCAGAUCAAAUUAAAGUUAAUUAACAAUAUCAAGCCAGAUGAAAUUAAGUCUAUUAUUAGUGAAUCGUUAAAAAGACUUAUCAUUUGUAAUGUUUUUAAUUUAUUUGAACUUAAAUGUACAUUUAUUAAAGUGGGAUCAAUCAUACAUGAUAACUCAAAUAUAGCGUUAGUGUGUUUUGAUAGUAUUCAGUCAUUUUACUGGUGCGAAAGAGAUUUUAAUAAUAAAAAACUGGCGAAAGAUCAAUUUAAAUAUGAUUAUUUGAAGUAUCUUAUAGAUCAAAUCAAAGAUUAUAGUGUUGUAUUAGCGUACACACGUUCUACAAGUUUCAAAUCAAAUCAGAAGUAUAAACGAAAACAAGAAAUACCAAUUCAUUAUAAAAUUAAUCUAAUUAGAAACUUAGGAACAGAUAUGACUGUGGCAAAUAUACAGUAUAAGACUAAUCCAGUAUACACUGUAAAAUUUCGAUUAAAAAAUUGUUUUCAAUUAAAUUGUUAACUAAAGCUUCCAAAACAUUACAAUAGGGAAUAUUCAUGUUUUUUUUUAAAUAUUUUUAAUUCAUU